CAGAAUUCUGUGAGUCCAGGCAACAUUUUAAAUGAAGUGAAGAAUAAUUUCCCACUACUACAGUACUCAUUCCUUUUUUGGCUGAAGCUGAAGACAUUAACGACAUCAUGGCUGAUCAGGAUACUCAAGUUUUACUUCAGGAAUCUGGUGAACCGACCAUAAAGCGGGCUACUGACAAGGCCAGAGAAGAAGUUGACAGGCUUGAUAAUGUGGUGCUCAAUAUUGCCAUAACAGGGGAGAGUGGAGUAGGAAAGUCCUCCUUUGUUAAUGCCAUCAGAGGUGUUAAAGAUACUGAUGAUGGAGCUGCACCCACUGGAGUCACACAAACCACCAUAAAGCCCACUGCUUACCCCCACCCAACCGUGCCAAAUGUCACUCUCUGGGACCUGCCAGGGACAGGGGAGCCUGGAUUCAAGCCAAAGACCUAUAUGAAAUCUGUAAAUUUCCAAAACUACGACUUCUUUCUCAUAAUGGAAGCAGGGAGAUUCAGGGAGAAUGACAUCAUGCUGGCAAAAGAGAUCCAGAAAAAGAAAAAGAAGUUCUACUUUGUUCGCACAAAAAUUGACUUGGAUGUAGAAGAAGAAGUAAAGAAGGGAGUAACAGAGGAACAGACACUUCAGACAAUACAGGACAACUGUGGACAAAAUCUCAAGGAAAUUAAAUCUCCUCCUCCUGUCUUCCUCAUUACAUCCCGAGACCUGAGCAGGUUUGACUUCCAGAAACUGAUAGAGACUCUGAAGAAAGAUCUUCCAAAACACAAGAUACAAGCUCUUGUUCUGAGUCUACCUGUGUAUUCCCAACAGUCUCUUAAAAAUAAAUACACAAUAUUCAACAAGAUAGUCUGGGCUUUAGCCAUCAGUUCAGGUGCAGUAGGAGGAAUCCCAGUGCCAUUUCUCUCACCUGCUUUUGACAUUGCCAUGGUAGUGUCUUUCCUAACCAAAUGCUACUUUUCAUUUGGACUAGAUGAUAAAUCCCUUACCAAGCUGUCUGAGAGAGUAAACAAACCAAUACUGGACAUGGUAAAGGAAUCAUCACUUGUCAUGGCAAUUGGUUCAAACUCAUUUCUUUCAACAAAAAUGGCAGCAAGACUUGGCGCAGCAGGUGCUAUGGAGACUGCGUGUAGCCUUGUGCCUGUUGCUGGUAAUAUAGCAGCAGCUGGAAUAUCUUUUGCUGCCACACGAUCUGUGCUCCAUGAGGGGUUGGAUGAAUUGUAUAGAGUAGCCCAACAGGUGCUUCACAUGGCAGAGCUGGCAUAG